AACGGUUUUUUUAAAUUCAAACUUAUGUAUGAACUAAUAAAACACAGCGCAUGGAAGUUUAAAAGCAUUUUAAAAUCGAAACAUUUUUCAUUAAUAUCUAUCAAGAUGCUCCCCUUAUCUCUCUUGAAAACUGCUCAAUCACAUCCAAUGCUAGUAGAGCUUAAGAAUGGUGAAACAUACAAUGGACAUUUAGUAAGCUGCGAUACAUGGAUGAACAUCAAUUUACGAGAAGUUAUUUGCACAUCAAAAGAUGGCGACAAAUUCUGGAGAAUGAAUGAAUGCUACAUUCGUGGCAGUACGAUCAAAUAUCUUCGUAUUCCUGAUGAAGUCAUCGAUCUUGUGAAGGAAGAUAUUCAAGCUAAGUCUAAGAAUCGUAAUCAGCAACAGCAGCAACAAAAUCGCAAUACAAACAACCAACAAAACAACCGUAAUUUUGGAGGAAAGAAUCGACAAAAUCAAAACCGAAAUCGAAACAAUCCUAACAAUAAAUAAAUAGUAUUAAGCUUUAUGAAUUGAUUUUUUUGAGUAAUAAUUGUGUGAGUGAUAAAGCCAAGAUUUAAAAUUAAUAACUUUUCUGUUCUCAGUCGAAAAUUCAAUAAACACAAACGUUAAAAAAACUCCUGUUUGACAUUGAAGCAGUAG